CAAAUAUUACUUAAAAUGAGCAGUGUUUUUUGUAUCAAUAAAUGAGCAAAAGCGUGAAAGAGAUCUAAAAAGAGAAAUUUCAACAACACAGUCUAUUAUUUGAUUAGUAUGCACAACGUGUUCGUGAUAAAAAGUAAAUCCGUUUGCUUCAAUCGUUAAUAAUUUAGAAUUCGGCGAACUUUUGAGAAACAUUGAAUUUUUUUUAUAACAAAAUCCAAUAAUGCACAUCAAUAUGAAAUGUACGAACAGUCAUGCAUUGACGUGAUGCAGCAAAAUAUUUUUACUCAUAUGGUACAAGCUGGUGUGAAUCCAUUUCCUGCGGGACCCGGAUUUCCAGCUGCACCAGCGAUUAAUACUACAGAUGGCACAAUACCAGUCGCUGUAGCCGUCAAGAAUGAUGGAUUGAGCGCCAUUAAGUCAGAUAAUACUGUUAACAUUUCACCAGCCAUUUCACAGGCAUUUCCAAGCUCAAUUGCAAGUCAGUUUAGUCCAUCAGUUCUGGCCACUCACGCUGUUUCUGUUUCUCAGCAACAAACAACAGCUUCCACAUCUCUCCCGCUUCCAUUGACAAGUGUAAGCAUAGCGAAUACUCUUGAAAAACAACAUCAUCAAACUCAACAACAGCAACCACAAAGUCAGCCACAGCAAUCGCAAGUACAGUCGCAAGCACAAACUGAAACAGAAAAUGCACAAAAUCAUGCGGCUUCGAUGACUACACAAAACAUAGCUACUGUACCUACGCAACCAUCGCAGCAAGAACAGACGUUAGAGGCCAAAAUUGCAGCUGCCGUUGCAGCCGUAUCUACCACAUCAAGUUCACUUACAACUGCGUCUACACCAACAUUAAUUUCAUCGACAGUUACACCAUCAUCGUCGAUAAAUACAACUACAAUUUCUGCAUCAACAGCAGCUGCACUCGCAACAAUGAAUACACUGGCCAGCACAGUAACUGAUUCCAGAAGUCAGCCAAAGCGUUUGCACGUAUCAAACAUCCCAUUCAGAUUCCGAGAUCCAGAUUUACGGGCAAUGUUCGGCCAAUAUGGAACAAUUUUGGACGUUGAGAUUAUUUUUAAUGAACGUGGCAGCAAGUUUAUAUGGGAAUUAUAAUAAAUAUGGGAAUGGAAAAGAAACUUGUAUUCAUAUCGCUGCCGUAUAGCUUGCAGGCGCUCACUGUAUGUGAAUAAGCAAGCGAAUAUUUUUGUAAUCCUUCGAGUGAUCCUGGGCAAACUAAUCUAAAAAAAUGAGAUAUAACUCUAACGUGUUCGCGAAAUUCCAAAUGCCACUAUCUACUACUACUACUACCAACAAUAGCACCACACCACAAACGUCGCGUGCAAAAA